GUCGGAAGGCGUUUAACCUUUGAGCCUGUCGGAAGGCGUUUCUCCCCUGAGCCUGUCGGAAGGCGUUUUCUCCUCUGAGCCUGCAGGAAGGCGUUUCUCCCCUGAGCCUUUCGGAAGGCGUUUAAGCUUUGAGCCUGUCGGAAAGCGUUUCUCCCCUGAGCCUGUCGGAAGGCGUUUCUCCCCUGAGCCUGUCGGAAGGCGUUUAAGCUUUGAGUCUAUAGGGAGGCGUUUAAGCCUUGAGCCUGUGUGCCAAUGACCCGCCUAUGAAAAGCGGGAUCGGGCUGUACCUCCAUACCGAUGACCCGCCUGUGAAAAGCGGGAUCGGGGUUUACCUCCGUACCGAUGACCCGCCUGUGAAAAGCGGUAUAAAGGUUUACCUCCGUGCCGAUGAUCCGCCUGUGAAAAGCGGGAUCGGGCUUUACCUUCGUGCCGAUUCGAGAUCGGGCUUUCGUUUCCCGAAGGAAGCAUUCCCGCAAUGGGAGCAUCACCCGGAGGCGGAAAAUUCCCGUGAUGGGAGCAUCGCCCGUCGGCGGGACAUUCUCGCAAUGAGAGCAUCGCCCGUCGGCGGGACUUUCUCGCGAUGAGAGCAUCGCCCAGAGGCGGGACUUCCCGCGAUGGGAGCAUCGCCCGGAGGCGGGAUCAUUCCCUCGAUGGGAGCAUCGCCGCGAGGCGGGACAUCCUCAUGCUAGUAAUUGAGUAUAUCGACUGGACAGAGAUGGGAGACGUUUGCGGGCCCAGGCGAUGUGACCCAGGGCGGCCCAAGUCUUGAAAUUUGAGGCGGGCCAAACAGAGUUGGGCCGCGCUGUGGACUUGAAGGCGGAUCGGGUUGGAGGAGGCAUCUUGCGUUGUAGGGUCCGAUGCGGUUGGUCACGGAAUGCGGGUUGUAUUGUGAUGGAAGUUGCUCUCAUUUGUAUGCAUGGGCUUGACGGAGGGAUAGGCCCAAUUCACAAAUGGAGGGCGUGAAACCUUAAUUAGGCAGAACGGGCUCCCCUUUCUCCUCUUUUCUUCUUUUGCUGGCGCUAACUGGCUCAAUUUUGACGCGGCCGUCUUCUUUUAAGCGUUUCCUCGGAAAUUAUGCCCUUUUUUCUUCUGACAGAGGGAGGAAAUGAGAUUGAGGCUGGUCUACUUUUGCAGAGCCGAAUACUGUAGCUGACAUCUACAGUGGAACAUGCUUGGGGAAGGGUGAGAUGGUGACGUGACGGGUUCUCUUUCUUUUUCCUUUUCUUUCUUUUGCCAAAGCUUUUGCGUCGGGAAUAAUUCGGCCAUCAAUUCUCUUUUCGUCAGGUUACUUGCAGCCGUCGCUUUAAGGUCGACGAAGAGAGGAGUGAUGUUGGCGUUGAUGAAACAAGCAGUCGGUGGUGACGAGUGGUUCGGUCUGGCUGGCUGAGAUCAGUGGUAGGCGCCAGUGGUGAUGAACAUGUAGGAGACGGGCGGUGGCGAUGACAAUUUGCCUUGCUAUAUUUCUUUGUAGCUGGAGAGUGCAGUGAACUCUCAUAUUUGGAAUCUUUUUCCUUUGUCCCAGGGAAUAUCUUCUAUUGGUGAGUGUUCAUCGGUCCGGAUGGGGGAAGGUUGUUGAUUUUUUCCUCUAUUCUUGGCCCGUAUCACUUUUGCUUGCGAUGAUGGAGAAAGAAUUGAUCUCCUCCCUCUGCUUGAAAUCAAACGAAAGAAUCCAAGAUCAUGGCCCCACGGUGGGCGCCAAAUUUUUUCACCCCGGAAAGUACCGAGGGCUUAACAUGAUAAUAAGUGGGGGCUCCGAUCUGGAUUUCCUCGUUCGAUCUCUUCGAGAGGCGAGGAACCUGUGAGGCGGGGGGCGGCCCCUGGACUCUACGCUCCGACACCCAAGUUAGUACGAUAUAUGAAGCGGUUUAUGGUAUGUAGAGAGAGAGUUUAGAGAGAGACCUUGGGGUAUGAGUGUCGGCCAGGAAAGAGAGGAUCCUUUGGUUGGGAGGCAUGAGUCUCCUUUUAUAGGAGUCUUGGGCUUCCUUUCGUGGGCUUGGGCCCGAUAAGAUGUGUGGGAUGAUGGGCUUGGGCCCGUUAAUGACGUAGUUGUUUGUCGUAUUAGGCGGAUUAAUACCACACCCAACAAUUAUGAUUCCCAACAGUUGGCCCUUAAAGUUUUCCUACUCGUACAAGAUGGUUCAUUAGUACGUUAUGACCUGAAAACACAUGAAAUGCUCCUAAAAGUGCAUAAAAAUAGAAGAACAAUCUUUGAUCUACUAAAACAGACGUUGUGAUUAUUAAGAGAAUACAUACUAUUAUGACUACAAUGAGAAAACCAUUUUUUUUUUUGACAACAACAAUGAGAAAACCAUGAUAAAGGGGUUUGAGCUUUGUUUGUUGGGUUGAAUACCGGUUUCGACGGAUGACCGGUGGGGUGUUGUGCCUCAGGCCACCAUUUGCUCCCUAUUAUCGCCACUGAAUUCACUAAAAUAAAAUAGGGUUAAUACCUUUUUAUUUUGGCCCGCACUAUAGACAAACUUUCUACUUUGGUCCGUGGUAUCGGAAAUUUCUAUUCUGGCCUGAACUAUGUAGCAUACUUCCUUAUUUGGCCCGGAGGCGGGUUUGACCGUCAAAUUAGACGGUCAACCGAGUUGACCGUUAGUCCAGAUCCAACUCACUUGCCACGUCAGCUAGCAGGGAAUAAAAAAAAUUAUUUUUUAAUUACUGUAUUUUUACUUUCUAAUAAUAAAAAUAAUAAACAAAAAAAUUCAUUUCUUACGUUCUUAUUCGUUUGUUUAUUAUUUUAUUAUCACAUUUGUAACACCCCGAACCUUUUCCCGACAAAAUACUGUCCGCUUUUGGCCUCGACCCUCACGGAUUUCGACUUGGGUACAAUUUAAGGUGACUUCCCAUAAGGUCACCCAUCCUUGUUGUACUCCACACUGAGCACAUUUAACUUCUAAGUUCUCAUAAGAACUCCAUUACACCCCAAAACACGUCUUGUCAGUUAAGACCAGUUUCCUACUUUCCUACUUAUGAACCAUGAAUCCCUCUCGUGCUUUGUCGAUGUGGAAUUUGACUAAAGUGUUACAACAUAACAAAAAAAAUUUAUCAUAAAACUAACAAACAAAAUAAUAAACAAAAGAAAAUGCAAGAAUCCUUUAUCUUCUCCGACUCUCUCCUCACGGAUCUGCCUUCCUUCUGCUUCCCAUCGCCACUUUCCAUUUCCAUUUCCAACCAACCAUUUAGCAGACAAUGCUUCUGCUUCCCAUGACCACCUUCCCUUCAUAACUCUUACAAUUGAUAUCUCCAAAUGCUUUUGUCAUCCAAAUCAAUUUACACGAUUCAGCAACCCAAAUCCCUAACCCACCAAAAACGCAUUCAAACGUAGGAGAUGAGCGACACCGAAAUCGAUUCAGUACCCAUACAUGACUAUUGUGGCGACGACCAAUCUCGCCGAUAAUGAUAAACAUCAGCUUUGCGGCGCGCGUGUGGAGACUUUGACGAGUUCAUCCUCGUCCUCCUUUGGCUCAAAAUCGGCCGCCUCUGUGGUCGCUCUCUCCCUCCCAAUAAUCAACAAUAGUAGGGGGUUUCAAUCGAGGUAAGGUUUUAUGAGGGUUGGGGUUUCUAGAGAGAUGAAUCUCGCCGUAAUGAGCGGCGGCGAAGGUUUAGAGGGGCAGAGUGAGGGGAGAGAGAGUGAGCAAGGGGAAAGAUGAUAGGGUUUCGGAGAAGAUGGAUUUGGAAGGGUGCCGGAAUUUUUUUCCCCAUCAAGGUGAGAGGAGGGAGAGUAUAAACUGAAUUUUUUUAA